AUGCUAAAGAAAAACACGAGAGGAUUACUGGAAGGAGGAAUGUUAUUACUGUUGGUGUUCGAAGUAUGUGGCCAUCCUCAACAAUCUAAUACUACUUUGCAGACGUUUAAGCCAUCCGAGAGAUUACGUCGAGAUCUCGAUAGAGUUCCGAGUUGCAAGGAUAGGACUUUUUGCGAAGUUGUCCCGUAUUAUCCAGCAGAGCUAGUGAGAAAUGCUUUGCAGAAAAAUCCUUACCUUCACUUUUAUAUGAAUCGAGACGAGCUAGACGUAUCUUCACGGCAGGAAGACGAGCUAGAAGAAGAUCCGCUUUGUGUGUCCACAGUACAAGUUGUGUUUCCUAAAUCGGGCAUAACUAAAUCACACGAAUGGAAGUAUAUCGUGAAUCACGAAAACUUGACGCAAAGCGUACGCAUCGAAACAUGUUUGAAAGUGGACAAACCGUGCAAACUGAUCGAGGGUUUCGCGGAAGGCUACGUGACGAGAUGCAGACAAAAAUAUAUUUAUCGUCAACUUGUGGCAGUGUCGACGGAUGGUUCGAUAAAUCGUGAAUCUUUUCGAUUUCCAGCCAGCUGUUGCUGUCACAUCGAAUUCCAAGGCGACAAAUUCUUAAAGGCUUACAACUCUAACGAUUAA